CCCCAUGUUGCAAGACUCUCCUCUGGCAUUGGACCUCGCUCUGAACCCUCCAAGACACGCCGACUAUGUUUGCUGUGCUACUCUCUCUCGCGAGCAUCGUAUCCUUCGUGCGUGCCCUGCCUGCUGGACACCUCACAGCGCAGGAUACCCCUGUUUGGUGUGCUGGCUUUGGUCCCGGCGCAUUCGACACUGGGUACAACUUCACAUUGGCCGCGGUGAACGUAACACUUCCGAAUGCCAACUCGACAGGUGCACCUCUUGUCCUUGGACAGAACGGGGCCGCCGAUGGUGCCGAGUUCGAGGUUCUUUCGACAUAUGCAUCGUACCCGUAUAACGACUUUCCGACACUCUCCCUUUUGGCUGGCUCGCUCAUCCCGAACUCUGCGAGCGGUAUAGCCUCCGUGGAUUCAGACGUCUCUUCCGGUGACGAACUCGCCUUUGUCACCUCGAGCUCCGGUCUUUCCUCUCCAGCGCAGAUAUACUGCGCUAUUGCCGACACAGACCCGACGGAGGGCAGCCCAUAUCCGGUCCUCGCUGUUAAUGGCGACACCGAAGGCUUCGCGUUAUGCAUGAACGGCGACGGUCCAUACGCGCAAAACAACGUUGUGUGGCAGCCUACGGACGACAACGGUGGCGAGUAUCUGUAUGAUACGUGUUACAACGUGACGAUACAGCUGCUUGGGUUGAAUUGAAGGGUUGGAACAUAUGGAUGAUAGCCUUUGUGGACUGGACUGCUGUUACGUUGGAAUGCAUGGACAUGAUGACGAUGGGCGGACUUUUUACGAUUCUCUCGACGUAGCUUUGAACACGGCAGAUUACUCAAUACACAACCUUGAUUAGAAAACGGAUUUCGGCAGGAUUUCGGCCGGCAUAGCAUUCCUGCGCAUGAAAGGUCA